AUGUUCCGCUUCAACGAAGCCGUCCAGCAAAAACUCGACCAAGGCGACUCCCGCGGGGAGAUCUCAUUCAUCCGCUACAAGCCAAUGCUGGUUCCCCCGCGGCCAUGGCUCUCGGUGGACAGUGGCGGGUUCAUUAGUCAGAAAACAGUGUUCAUGCGGACGCACGGAAGCAAACUGCAGACGGACUGCUUGUACCAGGCGGAUUUGACGAGCGUGUUUCGGUCGCUGAACAUUCUGGGAAAGGUGGGCUGGGUGAUCAACAAGGACGUGCUGAAGGUAGCGGAGGCGGUGUGGGAGAAUGGAGGCGGCGAGCUGGACAUUCCGUCGCGGACGGACUUGAAAAUGCCGGAUCCGAGCGAGUUUGAGAGCGAAAAGAAGUACCGCAAAGCGAUGAUGAAGAUCAAGCAGAAGAACUACGACCUGCAUUCGCUGCGUUGCGACCUCGGAUACAAGCUCGACAUCGCGCGCGAGUUUCAGAACGAUACUAUCUAUUUCCCGAUGAAUCUCGACUUUCGCGGCCGCGUGUACCCCAUUCCGCCCCAUCUGAACCAUCUCGGAAACGAUCUUUGUCGUGGCCUGCUCUCCUUCGCGCGGAAAAAACCGCUCGGCGAGCGCGGAUUGUUCUGGCUCAAGAUCCAAGUCGCCAAUCUCUACGGAAACGACAAGAUUUCGUUCGACGAUCGAAGCAAGUGGGUCGACGAGCAUCUCCCCGCGAUUCGCGAGUCCGUGCGAAACCCCCUCGCUCCGAACGCGUGGUGGAAAGAAGGAGACGAUCCCUGGCAGUUAUUAGCCACCUGCAUGGAGUACAUCCGAGCCAUCGAUUCGCCUCAUCCCGAAGCCUAUCUCAGCAACAUCCCCGUGCAUCAAGACGGAAGCUGUAACGGAUUGCAGCAUUACGCCGCGCUGGGACUCGACAAAACCGGCGGAACGCAGGUCAAUUUGGUCCCGAGUUCCAAGCCCGGAGACGUGUAUUCCGCGGUUCUCCGCAUCGUGAAGGAACGAAUCCAUGAGGAUCUUCGCAACCCCGACGCGUCGAUUCGCGCGAUGGCCGAGCUGCUGCGUGGAGGCGAAGAAGUCAAUCGCAAAGUCGUCAAGCAGACCGUGAUGACGUCGGUGUACGGCGUGACCUUCGUGGGCGCGCGCGAGCAAAUCGAAGGCCAGCUCAACGCGCGUCGUGACGAUAAGAAAAUCGACUUCGAUGACGAUAUGCUGUACGCGCUGUCGAUGUAUCUCGCGGGAUUGACGCUGGGAUCGAUCGGCGUGACGAACAAAGGCGCCACGACCAUCAUGGCGUGGCUGAACAAGAUCGCAGCGAUCAUCGCACACACGAACAGCCCCGUGUGCUGGGUUACGCCGCUGGGGCUGCCGGUUGUGCAGCCGUAUCGCAAGGAGAACGUGUUUCAUAUCGCGACGGCGAUGCAGGACGUGCAGGUGAAGGUGAACAACGAUGUGCUGCCCGUGCUGACGAGGAAGCAGAGCUCGGCGUUCCCGCCCAAUUUCGUGCAUUCGCUGGACAGCACGCACAUGAUGAUGACUUCGCUGGUGUGCGAUAAGUAUGAUAUGGACUUCGCGACCGUGCAUGACUCGUACUGGACGCAUGCGUGCGAUGUGGACACAAUGAAUCAUUUGCUUCGAGAACAGUUCGUCAAGCUCUAUUCGCAGCCCAUCUUGGAGAAUUUCUUGGAGUCUCUGGUGAUUCGGUAUCCCAGUUUGACGUUCCCGCCCAUUCCGGAGAAGGGAGAUUUGGAUUUGAAAUGUGUGCUGGAGAGUCCGUACUUUUUCAAUUAAAUGUCUCUUUAUUG